AAUCUCGUAAAUUUAAAUUAGUUUGAACUUCAAUAUAAAUACAAUAACCAAACAAAAACCAAAAUAUAAAAAUAAAAAAAUCACUCCAAAAAAGAUCUUUUUUUUUUUUUCGAUUUUCAAGAAAGUGUGACGCAGGUGGCCGCCUCCUAGCCGCCAACAGAUAUUAUCAGUGAAGCAAAAGCAAAACACUCACCAAAUUCACCCUUUUUUCCAUACCCUUAAACUCCUUAGCCGCAAUUGCUGUUUCAAGAUUGUGUUUUUUUUUAGUACCCUUUUGUUAAUUUUCAUUGUUUCUUGAUUUUGCAACUUGAAAAAUGGUUGUGGGUGUUCUUGCUUUACAGGGAUCUUUCAAUGAACACAUUGCAGUUUUGAAAAGAUUGGGAGUGAAAGGUGUGGAGGUGAGAAAGCCAGAGCAGUUGCUGAAUGUUAGCUCCCUAAUCAUCCCUGGUGGGGAGAGCACCACCAUGGCCAAGUUGGCUGAGCUCCACAAUUUGUUCCCUGCUUUGCGUGAGUUUGUUCAAAUGGGGAAGCCAGUAUGGGGGACAUGUGCAGGUCUCAUUUUCUUGGCAAAUAAGGCCACUGGGCAGAAAACCGGAGGACAGAAACUAAUUGGAGGCCUUGAUUGUACUGUACACCGUAACUUUUUUGGAAGCCAGAUUCAAAGCUUUGAGACAGAACUUCCUAUUCCUCAAGUCGUAGCUGAAGAUGGUGGUCCUCCAAGUUUUCGUGCUGUUUUCAUCCGUGCUCCGGCAAUCCUUGAUGUAGGACCAGACGUUGAAGUAUUGUCAGACAUUCCUCUAUCAGCCAUAGAAACUCUUAAUUCCAAUCCUGCUAUUCAAAAUGAAGAGGAAUCUACCGAGUCUGGAAAGAAAGUAAUUGUUGCUGUAAAGCAAGGGAACUUACUAGCUACUGCUUUUCAUCCCGAAUUAACUGCAGAUACUCGAUGGCACAGUUAUUUCUUGAAGAUGGUGCCUGAAAUCGAAGGAGGAACUUCUGAUAUUGUGUCAACAUCCACCUCAAAUCAAAGCUUCGGAACGCGUUCAAUUAUUGAUUUUCCCAUAUACCAGUAGCAGAAAAAAAAAUUGCUUGAAAGAAAUGCAGAUGAUAUUAAAAGGUCAAAUGGCUUCUCAUUGACAUUGUUAUGUUUUUAUUUUUGCUAUUUUCAUUUGCUCAUCAUACAUUCUAAAUGGUCUUCAUGCUAAGACAUGAAAUGUUGAAUGCUAUUCAUUGUUGUACAUAAUAUUAAAGGAUUUUCUCUCACA